UUCUUCAUCUUUUAACUCCCUUCUCUGUCCUCCACAAGCUAAGUAUCUUCAAUUCCAACCAAAACCCAUCUCAUUCUUUUUCUGUUCUAAUUUCAUACGAACUUCAAAGUUUCAAUCUUUUUGGCCAUUUCUUCAUACCCAAAUCUCACUCUUUUCAUCUACUCUGUUUUUUUCUUCUUUGUUUUUAGAAUUUCGAAUCUCCAAUUUGUUUACACCCAAAACAAUGUCCUCCAGUAUCUAUCAAGGGUUGCAAUCAUGUCUUAUGGAACCACGUGUUUUAAGGCUCAAAUUGUCUCCCUCCCAAUCCUAUUCUUCCCCGUCGCCGGCCGAAGAACAAGAUUCCGAUCACUCUCUUACUCAUUCUGACCCACAAAUUCAAACCCAUCUGAAAAUGGACCAGAAUCACACUGCCCACGCCAGUGCCGGAGAUUCUCCCUCCGAAAACAGAGUCGCUGUGAUUGGCCACGGGAAUGGUGUUGGUGGGUGGAGCUUUCUCCAAGCUCCCUCGGGUGUGGAUGGCCACCCUCCCGCAAAGCGAUAUGCUCCGACGAUGGCUCUCAGUCCGAAGAGCCUCGAAAUGUGUACUGAGAGUUUGGGCAGCGAGACCGGCAGCGAUGGUGGCAGUGAAAUUGGUAGCGACGAGAAAAUGUCUCUGUUUUCGCCUGACGAAACAGAGACUUCUCCGUCGUUGGCCUCGGGCAGAAAGUCGGUUAAGUUAUCGAGGCUAGCAAAGAAACUCGCCAAACCCAGCUAUCCUCCACCGUUGACGACCAUGAGUGGGUCAAUGGGUGUGAAGGUGAAGCCUUAUCGGGAAGGCGGGCGGCUAGUGCUGAAAGCGGUGUCGAUUCCAUCGACAAAGCCAUGUUUUGAGGUGGAGCGCGGCGGGGGAAGGCUGAAGCUGAGGCUGUUGGAGCACUGUUUAUUGUUGAAUAGUUUACAAGAAGGAGAGGAAGAAGUAGAAGAGCGGGAGGAGGAGGAGGCCGUCGAGAGCGGCGGGCGACUGCGGAAGGGGAGGAGGUGCAAGGAAGGUGGGGGAGGAAGAAAAGAGUUGGUGAAUUGGGAGCCAUUUUUGGUCUCAACUUGAAGAACUUGACGAUAUCUAUUAUUUUUCUUUUUAUAAUCUUCUUUGUUUUCUGACCAUGAUGGCUAUAUAUCAUUAUAUAUUUUGUACCUUUGAUUUUGCAAUAUAUAUAUAUAUAUAUAUAUAUAUAUAUAUAUAUAUAUGCUAAUUGCUAAUGGCAGUUAUUAUGGUUACUCUCUCUCUCUCUCCUCAAAAUGUUGUAUUGUGAAUUUACUAUUUGAACUAGUGGUUAAUAUCUCAAAAAGUAAUGAAGUUAUGACAAUUAAAUCUU